AUGACCGUAAGCCUACUGUCACGAUACCCAUGGGUAUCCAGUCCAUUUGUGGUCAGCGCGCCCAUGAAAGUCAUGUCCGGUCCAGCACUGGCAGUAGCUGUCUCGCGCGCCGGCGGGCUAGGAUUCAUUGGACCAGGUGCCAAAACACAAGACACAACUGAAGACCUCGAAAAGGCAUCAUCUCUCAUCCGCCAAGGAGACAGCACAAUACCAACUACUAACUCUGCGCUCCCCGUCGGCGUGGGAUACCAGCUCUGGGCUGAUGAUAUCAACGUUGCUGUCGCCGCCAUUGAGAAAUAUAAGCCAUGUGCAGCCUGGCUCUACGCCCCACGUCAACCCACAGAAUACGAUGACUGGUCUAGCAAGAUCCGUCAAGCAUCACCGGAUACCCAAAUAUGGAUUCAAAUCGGCACAUUGAAAGAGGCAAAACAACUUCUACAGAAUAUCGAGCGACCAGAUGUCAUAGUGGUGCAAGGUGCUGAGUCAGGUGGUCAUGGUCGAGCGAAAGACGGAAUGGGACUUCUGGCACUGUUCCCAGAAGUCGCAGAUGCUAUGGCAAGCAGUCAAAUCCCAUUAUUUGCGGCUGGUGGGAUUUCCGAUGGGCGCGGUGCCGCAGCGGCGAUGUGUCUCGGAGCUUCGGGGGUGGUCAUGGGGACUCGAUUUCUGGCUGCCAGUGAAGCGCGCAUUAGCCAGGGUUAUCAAGAUGAGGUUGUACGUGCGGUCGAUGGUGCAGUCUCGACCACACGCACGCUGUUGUAUAACCAUCUCAGGGGCACUUAUGGAUGGCCAGAGGAGUAUAGUCCCCGGACGAUUUUCAACAAAUCGUUUGUUGAGCAACAGGAAGGGAAGUCUUUUGAGGAAUUGAAGAGGCUUCAUGAUGAAGCUGCGAAAUCGGGCGACAAGGGAUGGGGGCCUGAGGGAAGACUUGCGACGUAUGCUGGGGCCUCUGUGGGCUUGAUACACGAUGUGAAAGAUGCAGGAGAUAUUGUCCGUGGGGUUCGAGAAGAUUCAUCGGAAAUAAUUCAGCGGCUGUCGCAAAAGAAUUAG